AUGCCUCAAGCUCAGCCUGAAUUAAAGAAGGUUAGUGUGUCCCAUCUUAUGUACAUGGAGAAGCGGGUCUUCUGCCAACUGAACGGCAACCGUAAGGUCAUUGGCGUCCUUCGAGGCUACGAUGUCUUCAUGAACAUUGUUCUAGAUGAGGCAUUUGAGGAGAAGGAUGGCGGAGAGAAGGUCUCCGCUGGCAUGGUAGUACGUUCGUCCCUAUUUACAGAUGCCAAGAACCCUGCUAACGCAUGUCGUUAUCAGGUCAUUCGUGGUAACUCCAUCGUGAUGCUAGAGGCCCUCGAGCGCAUUACCGAUAAAUAA